GCGGCCCAUACACGCUCAAAUUUUUUGUCAAAUUUUUUGAUGUCAAAUUAUUUGACGGUUUGACGUUCGCCCUACACGUUCAAACUUCUCAUCAAAUUUUCAGUUUGCUCCCGAGUGUCAUCAUGGAUGCAUAUACAGCGUUGGCUCUUGGCAUAGCAUUGAAGAGCACACAGAAACGAAAGAGACGAAAGUGGGCCCAGCAAUGGUAUCUGUGUCGUGAACGAUUUGGCCAUGUUCCUUUAUUAAAUGAAUUAAGAAUUAGUGAACCUGAUGUUUUCAAGAACUUUCUUCGCAUGGAUGGAGAAUCAUUUGACAAACUAUUAGAUCUUGUGAGACCAUACAUAACCAAAGAAAACACAGUUAUGCGUAGUGCGAUAUCACCAUUUGAAAGACUCUCAAUAACUCUCCGCUUCUUGGCUACUGGUAACACAUUCGAAGACCUGAAAUUCCUGAGUGCCAUUUCUCCUCAAGCCAUUGGUGGUAUCGUUAUAGAUACUUGCAACGCCAUUAACACAUGCUUGCAGUCGUACAUAAAGAUGCCGCAAACUGCUGAAGAAUGGAAAGAAUUGAGCAACGAUUUCAAUAAACAUUGGAAUAUACCACAUUGUAUAGGGGCAUUAGACGGCAAACACGUCUCAAUUAAAAAAACAAUUGGCUCUGGAUCAUUUUACUAUAACUAUAAGAAACAUUGCAGUAUCGUACUGCUAGCAGUUGUCAAUGCCAAAUACGAAUUUAUAAUGGUCGAUGCAGGAAUGAACGGACGUGUUUCAGAUGGAGGUGUAAUGAGCCAUACCAAAUUUGGUUCUUUGAUGGAACAUGGCGAACUACAGCUACCAGGAGCCGAACCGUUGCAUGAAGGAGACUCUAUUGAUGUGCCUUACUUUUUCGUGGCCGACGAUGCUUUUGCAAUGAAUGAAAAUCUUCUUAAACCCUACAGUGUAAUGGGAAACGACGUUUUGGACCAGGAAAGAAGGGUUUUCAAUUAUCGUUUAAGCAGGGGACGACGCAUAGUUGAAAAUGUGUUCGGAAUACUUGUUUCAAGAUUCGGUGUAUUCCAGAGGCCAAUGUUGCUUUCACCAGAAAAAGCAACGACUGUCACAUUAACAUGUUGCUAUCUACAUAACUUUUUAAGGAAACAAUCAAGCGGAUACAUGGCUCCGGGAAGCGUGGAUUGGGAGGACAAUGUCACACAUGAGCUGCAUAGUGGGGAAUGGCGUUCUAAACAGAGAGAACUAGCAGCCCUACGUCCCAUAUUCAGCAGGAAUUCGUCAGAAAAAGCAAAGUUUACUCGAGAUACUAUGAAGCACUAUUUUUCCACCCUCGGAUCGGUUCCUUGGCAGUUAAAAAUGGUUUCAUAGAAGCAAGCAAAGGGGAAGCAAUGUAAUUUUUUUUUAUUGAUUAUUUGUUUCUUUUCACAAUUAUAUAAUGUGACAUUGACUAAUUCUUAGUAACCUAUUAGACAAGAAAGAGUUUAUAUACUAUACAAACAUGGUAAUAGCUAUUAAUUUUCUAUAUCUUUUCCUUAAUUGAUUAGGGCUUUUGUUUUUCAGUAGCCUACUUUAUUUUUUUUUCUUAUUUUGCGGAGAUUUUUUAGUAGCCUAAUUAUUUUUUCCUUAUUAUGCGGUGAUUUUUUUAAUAACUUAUUUUAUUUUUGUCUUCAAGUGAGCGCUUUUAUUUUUUUCAGUUAGGUUAUAUACUUAGAAGCAAGCAAAGGGGAAGCAAUGUAAUUUUUUUUAUUGAUUAUUUGUUUCUUUUCACAAUUAUAUAAUGUGACAUUGACCUAAUUUUACUUUUAGAUGCAAAUAGACAUGAAUAACUAUGAAAUUUGUUUAAAUACCUAAUCAUGUUGGAUAAGCUGUGCAACUGUCAUUGAAUGCAGCUAAAUACAGUAUGCUUAAAAUUUCACUUACCU